AUGAAGUUCGUUUCUGUAAUCGGAACGCGGCCGAACCAACGUGGUAUUCCUGAUGUUGCCAACGCUGCUGCAGUUUUAACUUCGAAAGUAAGCGCAGAGGGCGGCAGCGUUGGACGACGAGUUUUAGCCUCGCGCCACAAUGAAUCACCUAUCCACUCGUUAGAAAUCUCUCAGAAUCUUUCUAAUGAUAAUAAUUUAUUUGAUGAUAAUGAAAUGUCAAAAAAGAGAAAUGAUGAAUUACAGGAGUUUAUGGAUGAACAUGAUCUUUUGUGGACCAUUAAAUUAUGUCAGGAUUCUCUAUACGUAGAGCUUCCGCAAGAAUUAAAUGAAGGAUCAAAAGAAAUGUUCGUCGAUCUUUUGGAAUUGGCUGAUGAUGUUUUACAUUGUAAACAUGUUAUUGUUUGUUUUGAUAAAACACGUACCGAUCGUGCAAGUUUGGUUAGAACGUUCAUGUUUCUCGGUUUUCAUAUUCUUUCACCUGACAAUAAUUUAAUGGCAUCCCAUGAUAAACAACAAGAUCAAUUGUCUAUGGUUUAUAUCAUUGAUCAUGAUGAUUAA